AUGUGUGCUUUUCGCUUUAAGGUCAUAGCACUCCAGGCGUUGGUGCUGCAGCAACUUGGCUUUUAUAAAGUUUUACCAUUCAAUGUGGGUGACAAUAAGUCGGAGAAACAAAAUCAAAUAUUAAGGGAUAUAUAUGAAGAGCAUCCUUUCGAUACCAUAGUUGUGUUUCAAGCAAUUCCAAGCAUACAGGAAGAGAAUAUUGAAUUUGUCUACCAAUUUCCAGAGCCAAAGAUUUUGCUGAAGAAGGAUUCAGCAUUCGCAUAUAAAAAGUUAUACAACAGUGAUAUUUUAUUGGUAAUUCUAGUGGCUGAGCAUAUGAAGACUGAGCUGAUGCAGGCGGUGGCAAGGACCACAGAUAAUAUGCGUCAGGCUCGAAUUCUUAUAAUAGCUUGGAAUAUUGAAAUUGUGGAAGAGUUCCAGGAUAACCUCAUUCGUAUGGCCCAGUCAUAUAAAAUGACCAACAUUUUAUUGCAACUCUUGGAAAGUAUUGAUAGCCCAAACCUAUAUCAACUACGCCCCUAUCCCAGUUAUCAUUGGUUGCCAAUGGAUGACCAAAGUUCUGGAGGCUUUGCAUAUUUUCCCCAACAUUGGCGCAAUAUGCAGCAGACCUCCAUUGUAACCUACGUCAAUCAAAUGCCACCUGCCUCUCUGAUUUACGAGGACGAUCAGGGGAAUAUAAAACUAAAUGGCUAUGUGGUGCGUUUGGUCUUACUUUUCGCCGAACACUUCAAUGCCAGCCUUCGCAUGUAUGAGCCUCUGAAAACCAACUCUAUGAUACACUUUAUGUACAUCAAUCAACUGGUGGAACAGAAUUUGGUAGAUAUACCCAUGGUCAUGGAUAUCAAAGAAUGGACAAGCCCUAAAUGGAUUCAUAGUUUAGCAAUCUAUCGCAUAGAGCAGUGCAUGCUGAUUGUUCCUUGUGCCCAGGCCUUAAGCAUUCAAGAAGUUUUUAGCAUUUUAUUGGGUGCCAAAUUCUUUGUAACCCUGCUGGUGUGUUUUAUGACAUUUUCCUUGGUCCACUGCCUCAUAGAUUAUGUCCUUGAGAGUGUAUUUCAAUUUUCCAAUCUUAUGCUGAGUGAUAAAAUUCUGCCUGGCACUUUGGGACAAUCGUUUGGCGCCAGCAAGUCACCCUGGCGUAGCCUCAAGUUAAUCUACAUUCUGUUGUUUUUCGCUGGCCUUAAUAUCAGCACCCAGUUCUCGGCGACCAUGAAUACCUCACUCACCAGUCCUCCGUAUCACAAGCAAAUUAAAACAUUGGCCGAUAUUGCAAACUCGCCUCUAAAAAUUCGAGUGCUCAAAGAUGAUGUUGCCCUUAUGGGCGGUGUAUUAAUGCCCAUAUUUCGUUCGGUUAUUUUUUCGGACAAUGUCACUGAAUAUGAUGAACAACGUCUUAAUUUUAAUACCACGACGGGUUAUAUCACCACAACACCACAUUGGCAAAUGUUGAACUUAAAGCAGCAGUACUUCUCGCACAAAGCCUUCUGUACCUACGGCAAUUUGACAUUAUUUCGUUUGAUACCUUGGACUAUUUUGCUGCAGCAACAAUCUCCAUAUAGGGAACCCUUGAACGAUCUCAUUCAUCGCGUACAUGAUUUUGGUUUGAUGGAUGCCUGGCUUUAUAGCACCUUUAAGGACUUGUUAAAACUGAUAGUCAUUACCCUGCGUGAUCCGAAUCCAAAAACGGGAGCCCAGACUUUGAAGGUCGAGGACUUGUAUUGGGCCUGGAUAGUUGUGGUGAUUGGUUUGGCAGUUGGUAGUGCAAUAUUUGUGGCUGAGCUAUACCACAACAAACAUUACAAAAAAUUUUCGGAUUAG